GGUGGGGAAGUGAUUUUGAAGUGUCGGUGGGGCUAGUGGAACUCGAAAGUCUUCGCAAGUCGUAUGACUCGGCUCACUACAGUUUUCGCUAUGGCGUGUAUAGGGUCGAGUAGGCUUUGUGCUCGUGCAGAGAAAUUGUGCCAGUUCAGACAUCUCGCCCAAUUACGAAGGAAAGUUUCAACGACAUGUGUCAAGUCACGACCUAGAAUCGAAAAUCCGACCAGUACCUUGGUUCAACAUUGUCAGAGUAGAACGAGCACGCGGGACUGCAGGACGAACGUCGCAAGGAUGAUGAGUUCCAUGCAGACACAACUGCCUGGAUCCUUGCACGAUUAUCAAGUCGACCCUUACCGACUUCUCGAAGAUGACCUUAAGGAUGUCUACGACAAUAUACGAGAGGUACUCAUCAGGAACACGACGCUAAAGGAGCUGCAGACCAUAGCGACGUACUACUUCGACGGUAAGGGAAAGGCGUUGCGGCCGAUGGUAGCAAUUCUCAUGGCACGGGCUAUCAAUUACCACAAGGAAAGAAAUGGUCUCUUGGACUCGCAGCGACAAGUGGCGAUGAUCUCCGAGAUGAUCCACAACGCUUCCUUGAUCCACGACGACGUAAUCGACCAGCCAGACUUCCGCCGUGGCAAACCUUCUAUCAACGUCGUCUGGAGUCAAAAGAAGGUGACCAUGACAGGAGAUUAUGUUCUGGCAGUCGCGUCAAUUAUGAUAGCUCAACUGCAAAAUAACGAUGUCACCCUCACGCUCAGUCAGGUCGUGACGGACCUGGUGCAGGGUGAAUUUAUGCAGCUUGGCUCUAAGGAGACGGAAAACGAGAGAUUCGCGCAUUACCUCACGAAAACAUAUCGCAAGACAGCCAGCUUAGUUGCAAAUUCCUUGAAAGCGGUGACCAUGCUAGCUGAUGGUGAUGAACAGUUGGUCGAAUUAGCCUUCCAAUACGGUAGGAACAUCGGUUUAGCGUUUCAAUUAGUCGACGAUCUUUUGGAUUUCGUGUCGUCUUUGUCAGCAAUGGGCAAACCUACCGCAGCAGAUUUGAAGUUAGGUCUUGCAACUGCUCCAGUUCUUUUCGCCUGUGAACGGUAUCCAGAAUUGAACGCGAUGAUCAUGCGCCGAUUUCAAGAGCCAGGAGACGUGGAGAAAGCGUUCGAGCUGGUGCACAAGUCGCAGGGCCUGGACCAAACGAAAUUUUUGGCGCGGAAACAUUGCAUCGAGGCCAUGAAACUUGCACAGUCUUUAGCCGAGAGCCCGUACCAAAAAGGUCUGCAAGUGGUCUGCGAUUUAGUAUUGAAUCGUAUGAAGUAGCGAUAUGAGAAAAAAAAUGAUAGGAACUGUGUACGAAAGUAAAAAGGGUACGAUGAAACGUUUUGAAAAAAACAAACUGGUAGUCGCAAGAGAAUUGCCGUUGGCCACGAAGAAUGCCGAUUAAUUUAAUUACAAUUACAAUUACAGUGAACAAGGAAAUAAUGUGCCGUUGAUACGACAGGUUGUACUGAUUGUAGAGAGAUAAAAAAAGAAAAAAAAAAAGAA